UUAGUUAUCAACGGCACUCAACUCAAAGCGGAUAAAUUCAGCAUGCAGUCGAACUUGCAACACAACGUGGCCUUAAACUAUCAGUAUCAGCCGCAGCCACCGACACAGACGCAUAUGUUGCCGCCACAGCCGCCGAGCUAUGAUCAGGCGACACAUGUGCAAAUGUUGCAACCAGCCAGAGCCACAACGCAAGUGAUUGUCAUACAACAGGAAGCCCCUCCAGCUGUUGGACCCGAUGCCUGCUUCAUCACGUGCCCCCAUUGCCAUGUGCGGAAGCUGACGCGUAUCGAGUAUUCGCCCGGUGUGCGGACUCAUUGCAUGGCCGGUGUCUUGUGUCUUGUGGGGCUUUGGUGUUUCGCCUGUUUGCCGUACUGCGCCACAAGCUGCAUGAAUGCGCAUCAUUUCUGCGGCAAUUGCAACAAAUUUGUGGGCGUCUAUAAUCGCGAUUAACAAUUUGCCAAUUACCGAUUGCUGCAAAACAAUAAAC